AUGAAGCACCACACCUUGAACGCAUUCCUCACAUGGGCCGAGGAGAACAACAUCCACUGGGACAAGGACGCCAUCGAGGUUCGCGAGGGCAAGCACGGCCUCGGCAUCUACGCCAAGAAGAACCUUGACGCCGGUUAUGAAGCCAUUCAGGUCCCCAAGUCGAUCGUCUUGUCGGUCGAGUCGACCGGAAUCGCCAACUUGCUGGAGGAGGAGGACAUUGAAGGCUAUGCCGGACUCACCCUCGCCUGCAUGUACGAGUUCUCCAAGGGCGAUGAGUCUGUCUGGUCCGCCUACCUCGCUCUCUUGGCCGAGUCCCGCCCCCAGAUGCCCUCCGACUUGUCCGCGGAUGCUCGUGAGCUCUUGAAGAAGUCCGAGGUCUUUGGCGAUAUCGAGACUGACUUGAAGGACAUGCAGGAGGAUUAUGACACUGUUAUUGUUCCUUUCCUUGAGAAGCACCCCGAGGUCUUUUCCGCCGAGAUCAAGGCCAAGUUCUUCUCGUUCGAGGACUUCAAGACCAUGACCUCGCACGUCUCCUCCCGCGCCAUGGAUGUCGACAACUUCCACAUCUCUGCCCUCGUCCCCUUCGCUGACAUUGUCAACCACAACUCAGAGCCCAACUCGGACUACUUGACCCACGAAGAGGUCUGCGAGGUCUGCGGCGCCAUCUCCUGCGAGCACAUGGACGAGGACGAAGAUGAUGAGGAUGAGGACGACGAGGCCCCUGAGCUCGCCGCCGACGAGGAUAAGAAGAAGCGCACCGCCGCCAAGAAGGCCGAGGCAGCCGAUGGUGCCGAUGUCGACGACGACGACGAGGACGAUGAGGACUGGGAGGACGACAUCAACGACACCUGCGACAUUGUCCUCGACGACGACGUCAAGAAGGGCGAGGAGAUCACCCGUCACUACGGUCCCUUCCCCAACAAGAUCUUCCUCUCCAAGUAUGGAUUCGCCGAGGUUGACAACGAGCACGACACCGUCACCGUUCAGCUGGAGAUGGUCAAGAAGGCUGCCGAGUCGAUCUUGGGUGACCCUGCCUUGGUCGAGGAGCGCACCAAGUGGUUCUUGGACACUGAGGAUAUCUUUAUCGGUGAGGACGAUGAGGAUGAGCUCGAGGAGGAGGGAUGCUGUGAUGGCGACCAUGACCACGACCACGCUCACGCCCACACUCACAAGCAUGAGAAGAAGGAUAUUGAGGCUGGUGAGGUUGAGGUUGAGGCUGAGGAGUCCGAGUCUGAGGAUGAGGACUCUGACGAUGAGGAUGAGGAGGAGGACUUCCCCCGUGACAUCAUGGAGAUCAUGCACGAUGGUUCGAUCGAUGACCGUCUCCUCAUGUUGUUGAACGUUCUGUUUAUGGAGAAGGAGCAGUUUGCCAAGGUCGAGGAGAGCGUCGAUGCCGCCACUGACUACUUUAACGACAUCUUCCUCCGCCGCGCCAUUGAGGAGGACCUCGCUGCCGAUGACGAGGAGGACUCUGAUGACGAGCAGCCCAAGCCCGAGCUCAAGCCCCUCGAUGACGCCGGUCGCCGUGUCCGCAAGAACGUCCUCGAGGCCGCUCUCCAGGUCAUCCGUCUCCGUGCUGAUGCCUACGAUGUCUCUGACAAGACCACCGCCGAGGAAGAUUUGGAGUUGUUGAACAAGGCUGGUCUCACUGGCACUCUUUACUAUGGAGCUCUCUGCGUCCUUGGUGAGAAGAAGGUCCUCCAGAACGCCUUGAAGACCUACACCAAGUUCCACGCUGAGUUGUAA